GACGUUGCAAGAGCUGUCUGUCACUCUGGACGUGUGCUCCAAAUGUAGCUUGGCUGUUAGGUCGUUUGUUCGGGUUCUGUGCGUUGGCGAUUCUUUUCCUCACUGUUCUGUAACUUUCUGCAGCUGUUCGUAACUUCGCGAUAUUUCUUCCGUAAACCGUCACAGUUGUUGCGAUGGAGAAAAUCAAUCGUAAGUCGGCCGCUAGAGCAUCGAUCCAGCUAGGUGAAAUGGACUAUACCCCGAUACUGUUGGCAUGUAUUGUGGUCCUGGUUACACUUGCACUACUUUAUGUUUGGAAAAAGAAACGUUCGGCUCGUACGGAUGUGCUACUGAUGGGACUGUGCGAUUCAGGCAAGACGGUUCUGUUUACAAGCCUGAUUUUGGAAGAGAAGAAAGAAACCUUUACCUCGAUCAAGGAAAACCUGGGAUACCUGGUGACGUCGCGCGGUGAGCUGCGUUUGGUGGACGUUCCUGGACACGAACGGCUGCGGGGAAAGUUUUUCGAUCAGUACAAAAAUUUGGCCAAAGCGAUUGUUUUUCUCGUCGAUAGUGUGACCGUCCAGAAGGAUAUUCGGGAUGUUGCCGACUUUCUGUAUACCAUUCUGGCUGAUAAAGCUACGGCCACUCUACCGGUGGCGAUUGUUUGUAAUAAACAGGAUGAAGCGUUGGCCAAGGGUGAUGCAGUGAUUAAAAGUAUGUUGGAAAAAGAAAUUAAUUUGGUACGGCAGACGCGAACCAGCCAACUACAAUCGGUAGACCAGCACAAUACUGAUGCGGUCUUUCUCGGACGAUCCGAUCGGGACUUUGAAUUCAGCCAGCUUUCGCAAGCGGUCAAGUUUAUGCCCUGUUCAGCGCAGAAAGAUGAGCUGGAUGAUUUGACUGUGUUUUUGGAUACUUUAUAAGACUUUAGUAGUAAUGAACGAAACUGUAUUUUUCUUACUCUGUUGUGAGUAAGUUAUGAUUGAAUUUAAGAAUCUUGUUUUUUUUUUAUAAAAUGAACCAGUGUUCCCCUUCUAAUAUUGUUUGUGGUACCAGCGGGGUUUGUGUUUUUUUUAAUAAAGAGGUAAAAACUGGA